AAAUUAUAUAUGUUCUAAUAAACAAUAAUGUACGAUUUGUUACUUCUUAAUACAACCCCUACUGUUGUCAUUGUUUUAGUACCAUCACCAACAAAUUUGUUUUGCUAGUUUAGUGUAUUCUUUGGCUUUUAUUGCUUCGUUGUUGUGUUAUUUUUUAUAUUUUACGAGUUUUAAGUUCAAUUUAUAUAAAACUUUCUUUUUAUAUAUAAAACAAAGUUGUUUUUAAAGUGAAAAUCGUAUUACUUUUGUUUUAUUUAUAAAGAUGUCCUAUAAAGUUGAAGAAAUUCAAGGAUCUUUAGCCGAUAUGGGCGAAGGUCCACACUGGGAUGUUGCCAGCCAAAAUUUAUACUAUGUCGAUAUUAAUGCUGGUAAAAUUUUACGCUACAGCUAUAAAGAGAAUAAGGUUUAUAAAGCUAAAGUAGAAGGAGAAGAAUAUGCUAGUUAUAUUAUACCAGUCGACGGUACCACCGAUCAAUUUGCUGUGGGUUGUGGACGUCGUUGUCUAGUUGUUCGUUGGGAUGGAGUUUCUCCAACAGCAAAACCUAUUUCUACUCUGUUCGAGGUACAAAUGGGUAAUGAUCGUAAUGAGUUUAUUCGUUUGAAUGAUGGUAAAUGUGAUUCAAAAGGACGUUUAUUUGCUGGUACCAUGCGUCAUGUGGGUGAUUUAUAUGAACAUCGUUGGGGUGAAUUGUAUAAAUAUGAAAAGGGAGGUAAAAUCGAUAUAAUUAAAACUGACGUGGGUAUUUCGAAUGGUUUGACUUGGGAUGAUAAACUAAAGAAAUUCUAUUUUGCUGAUACCGCCGAUUUUGAGGUUAAGGAAUAUGAUUAUGAUGUAAACACAGGACAAAUUGAUAUUAAUAAACCUAAAAUUACUUUGGACUUUCGUAAAAAUACCACCAAAGAUCAUUUACUACCCGAUGGCAUGACCAUUGAUACCGAGGGCAAUAUUUAUGUGGCCACUUUUAAUGGUUAUACGGUUUAUAAAAUCAAUCCUAAUACGGGAAAAAUUUUAUUGGAAAUUAAAAUACCUUGCUUGCAUGUUACUUCUGUGGCUUUUGGUGGUCCGAAUUUGGAUAUUUUAUUUGUAACCACCGCUAAUGAAGAUGAUCUUCCUCCUCCCUGUGGUUCGGUUUUUAAAGUUACCGGCUUGGGUGCUAAAGGUUAUCCAAUGACAAAUGUUAAAAUUUAAUUUAAAAUGUUAAAGAUUUCUAUAUAAUCAAGUAUUAUUGAAUUAGAUAGUUUGAUUAGAAAAUGUUUAAAUAGAAAAUUGUAAAAUAAAUUUUAAUAAAUUGGAAAUAUUAUUCUAAUCCCUUGGAU